CGCUGAGGCCGGGCGGCGGCUGGAGGGUACUGAAGAUGGCAGGCAGCUCUGCUCCUUGGAUCGGCAGUGCUUAUCUCUUCCUCCAGUCGACGUGCAAGACCAUCGUUCUGCCGUCUCUCUACGAAAGCUCCCAGAAGAAACCUAGUGUGUUCAAGGCACUGAAGCUGGCAUUAGCAGACUCCACCGGCAGCGUGAACGGUGUGGACAUGCUCAAAGUGCACUGCAGCCACCCCCACCUGAUAGUCCAGCUCAAGUUCUGCAGGCGGGAGAACUGCCGCCGGUUCCUGCAGAGUUACCGGGAAGGGGCGCUCCAGAAGUCCCUCCAGAAUCACCUCCAGCUCUCCUUGGCCAUGACCACAGUGCCCCUUGAAAUGGAGCUGAAGGCUGGCAGCGAGCACCUCGACAAUAUGCUGAAGGAUGAGGAUCGCUGCCUGGAGUGCAUCUACAGAGAGAAGCCUGAUCGCCUGCGGGAUGAGGAGAUCACGGAGCUGGAGGAGUGCCUCAAGAGCCUCAUCGUUCACCAGAGCAUCAACAACAAUAUGGCUGUAAAAGACUGCGCGUCUCUCAACUCCCCAUCUCUACCUUAUCCUUCUCAAGGCAGCUCCCUUUCCUCUCAAGUCACCUUCAUCUUUCAGGGACAAGAGUUUGCCAACAGAACGCUCACACCGGACGACCACCAGAAAUUUGCCAAGCUCGUGUCCAAGAAAUGGAAACAAGUGGGUCGCUCUUUGCAGAAGAACUGCCGGGCCCUGCGUGAUCCUGUCAUUGAUAACCUGGCCCUCGAAUAUGACCGAGAAGGACUAUAUGAACAAGCCUAUCAGCUGCUUCUCAGAUUUAUCCAGUCAGAGGGAAAGAAGGCCACAAUAGCGCGGCUGAUAGCAGCCCUGGAAGAAAAUGGUCUCAUCAGCUUGGCUGAGGAGCUCUUGGGCCUCCAUUCCAAUGAGGACUGCUCCUAGAGCCUCCAGGAGAGUGGCAUUGCUAAGGGCUUUCUUGCUUUAGCUAGCGUAUGGGACUGCUGCCAGCAUCUGGGAAUGUAAAGUCCUGAAAAUGACCACAGGUUUCCAUGUAGGUGGGAAUGCCCAGGGGAGAGGUUUUGUGCUUGCAAAAGCCAGCACGGACCUCUAACGUUCCUUAUUUCAUUCUGUUUCCAGAAGUCAACGUUACCUUCCCAAGAACUGGUGAGAUUUCAUGCUGUGGUCAGGUUUCAGCCUGACUCCCUUUGGGACUGAAAUGUCACAGGGAAGCAGCCAGACAGUUGCAGAGCCCUAGGGGAGGGUGGGGGAGAGGAGAAAAGCAAGGAAGGCAUCUCAGAGAAUUUCUCUGGGAAGCAAACAAUGACGCUGUUUCUCAGGCUGUGGCCCAGGGCCAUCACCUGGAGAGCUGCAAUAUAUUUUUUUUAUAUUGAAGACGUUUAUGCCCUCAGGCAUGAUAUCAAGGAAAGACAGAGGGGAAAUGAAGGAAAAGUCAAUUUUAUAUUAUUUUCCUUCUUCGUUCUUCAAACGAGGAACAUCUGUGGCAAGUGUAUCUGUCCUGCCUUAUUCUAGUACAGCUCCUUCCCACCUCUCGCCACCCGAAGGUUUUCCGUUUACCUGGGCCAGUCAAAAUCUUCCACGGGGUACAAGAUUGCUGCUGUAGAACAAAUCCCAGGCACUGAACAAGCAAUAUGGACAAACAUAAGUUCAGAGAAUGAUUCCCAACUUUUUCUGGACCGUGAUGGAUGAAAAUAUAUCGACUACAUCGCGCUUAGCUCUUUCCCACCAACCUGAGGGAGCCCGCAUCUAAGCAAAACACAAUGCUGGAAGGAAAACAGUCUCCUAGUCGGCAAGUUACCCGUGGGGCGUAGAUGGGAACUGCUGCUGUAAGGUGUGUGGCAGCAUGGAAUACCGUCCUGACCCCAGCCCGCAGAGCUGAGCCAUCGCUCUGACCGGCGGGCUGCUAGUGCCUUCCCUCGCUUCUUCACCCCCGGCCCUCGGCCUGCGGAGGUCACCGCAGAGGGCAGCUGGCGCCAGCGUGUCUCACAGGAGUCGGGAUUUGCACGGAGCUUUUCCCUGGCAGCGUUGUCACUGUGUGACAGUUGGGCAUCAGCCGCUGUGCCUGGAUUUACCUGCCCUGAUUUUGAGGGUUAAAAAUGGCUUAAAGGACAAAGCAGCCACACCCCAGGGCUGAGUUGUGCUUUCAGUUCUGGUGGGAGAAGCUGGCUCUCUCCUGGUAUGGUUGAUGCAGACUGCAACAGAGCAGUGAUUACUCCUCUGUAACAAAAAAGCAACAAGUAUUUGGCAUGACAUGGGUCCCGUGAAGCACAACAACAGCUUGAUUACCUUUGACAUACUCCCUAUGCUUUCCCGAUAUGUUUUUACUUAUCCUUUUUCAUUAAUUGCAUCCCUCUUUGCCCUUCCCAUCCACGGGAAUAGCCACUGGGCCUUAGAAAUUAUUUCAGAGGUAGAGGGUGGCUCUGCCAGCACACGUAAAGCCUGUGUGUGCACGCAAGCAUUGGGCCACUGGCAGUCACGGCAGGACCAGCUCUCAGACAGGCAAGCCCUGAUGGCCUUUUAAACCACAACUCACAGCUUAAUCCUUCCUGGAGUCAGAUCUGUAAUUCAGUAAGGAGGGACACAACGUGGGGUUCAGGUGUGGGCUCCAGUCCGAGCUCCUGGGGCUGGUGCUGCUCCCUUAGCUUCUGCUAAAAUGUAUGCUGUGAGCAUCAGGUAGCCAAAGGCCGGGAUGAGGAGGAUUUCGAUGGCCAGCUGGGGCCCACGUGCCUCAGAUGAGUUGAGCAUCACUCAUCUGAGUGUAAGUCUCAGCAUAAGCCUGAGGAACGUGGCAAUUUUUCUGCAGAUUUUGAAUCCUCAAGGUUACAUACACAAUUUGGAAAGGAAAUAGAGGGGGUUAAGGGUGGGGAUAAUGUUUUCAGGGUGUGAGUGAAUCUCUUUCCAUCUUGCCCUUAGUUUCAAAGGAAGCAGGCACCAUCUCUACAAAGAUGUGGCUCCGUGACCUUUUAUUAAGCCAUUCUGCAUCAGUGCUGUUACAGUCUCAUCUCCCCCCUUCCUGCUCCAUGUCCUACCCUCUCCCUUACAGUAGUACCAGUGCUCUUCCCAAAAUGAAGCAAUUAUCUCUCUGACAGUUUUGCUUUGGGGACCAGCACAGCAACACUGAUCUUAGUUUAGGCUGCUGUGGAGCCAUACCUCAAAGCAUUUACCUUUCCUGCCAGACCCCAGCUGGGGAACUCUCUCUGGCAGCAACCCACCUGGCAAAUGGUAUUUUUUAAAAAAGAAUAAAAAGUCAGAAACUUGAAAAUUACUCCAACAGCAAAAGGGUUUGCUCUUGAUUUUGCAAAAAUGAUUUUUUAGAAAACGAGGUCAUAGUAUAGCCUGCUGUCUCAUUGGUAAUGAAUAUUUCUAAGCUCUCAGACUAGCUAUUCAUGUGCACAGCUUCCAUAUACAGCCACUGAGUAGUGAGAACUGCUAACUUUUAUAGAAUCUAUUAAUGCUCAAAAUGAGAAGGGCUUAUUAUUCAGCAUCUACUUCAAAUCCAAAAAACUUAUUUGCUGCUAUUACUGUAUUACAGAGGACUAUGCAUGAAUGCUUUUUUUCUUAAUGCAAACCUUGUGCAUUUUAUUCCUCUGCCAGAAACUGGCAUAUGGGUUUCCUCUUACUCACAGAUUCCUUCUCAAAAGUGCCAUUAAGUGCUGGAGCUCCUGGCAACCUUUCUGGAAUAUCAUCAUCUUUAACAGCAUUCACAGGUGCCUUCACUGCAGAGACUCGGAGGAAAAGGGUUUUCCAGUGAUAUUCCAUGGUGGAAUUGUCUUGAGCACAUGGCAGUGGCUGUUUCAUACCUUCUUUUCUGUGCUCGGUCAUCAUCAUCAUUAGAUGCAAUGACAACUCAAUUCUGGUCUCAGGCAGGCUCUUUCCUGCUAAAAGAGUAGGGUUUUUUUAGUAUUAUCUGGCAGAAACAUAGAUGGAGACAGUUUUCACAGAAGCCUUAGAAUUAAAUAGAUCAAUUGGAUCAUGAGUACAUGAUGUCAUUUGCAUUGAUUUGGCACUUGGCUGGGGUUUGACUCUGAAUUUACUUGUGUUUUACCCAGUGGAUUUUACAGUGGUUUUACACCAGCGUGCAAAGACAAGGGAACUCACAUCACACAGGGAAGAAAGAAGCACUCACAAAGGAAGGAACAUUAGCAGAGAUUUGUUGAAUAAACCAGAGGCAUGUCUUUGCCUUGGAUGGUAACGCAGUGAGUGGAACCGAAGGAGGAGCUCGAUGUUGAGGGUGCUUGCUGAUACACCAGAAACUCGGUGCCGUACGCUAGACCAAGGGCUACAGUGAGCACCCCCGGUGACCGCCUGGCUGCCACGCUGUUGGAGGAGGAGCCCACUCGUGAGUUCUUCCUUGCCUGCACAAAGUUAGUUGCACACAUACUGUACCUACUCAAGAUGCCAGACGUGCAAGCGACACUCCCUUUCUACUAUUCGUACCGAUUGGCUAAUGUCUAGUGUGUGAGAGAAGCCACGGGCAGUGGGGCUGCUGCUGAAUUUGGCCUUAGCCCAUAACAGCUCUUCUCUAUGUACUGAGAUAUGUCUGGGGGGAAAAAAAAAAACUUUGGGGGGGUGGUGGUGUUUCAGAAUCAAACAUGCAGCAAACCAGCACAUGAUAUUAAAAGCAAAUAAAGAUGCUAAUCAGUUGCACAUAAAAGAAUGCAAUAGACAAAGUAUAAAACAAACAGCAGAAAUCAGGCCAAAAUGCGCUUAGAAGGAAGGGAUCCAAGAGGUCUUUUUUUGUGGUACAGGUUGUUUUUGUAUUUUUAGCAAUGUUUCACAUUUGUAGGAGGCUCCUUUCAGUCUGCCAGAAAGAAUAAAAGAUCCAUCCAAAGGA